AUGGGAGACUUGAUGAAAAGACAAUUUGACGUAUUAGACUUGUUCGGACAUAAUUAUCUUGAAUGGACAGUUGAUGCCCAAAUGAAUUUAAAGGCUCGGGGAUUGGAACAUACAAUCAAAGAAAUUACCAUCCCAGGAAACGAAAAAGAUGCCCCUGCUCAAGUUAAAGUUCCUACUGAUCAAGAGAAAGCAAAAGUUAUAGUUCUCUUAAGGCAUCAUUUACAUAACAGUUUAAAAACUGAGUAUUUAAUGGUGGAAAAUCCCAAAGAACUAUGGGAUAGCCUGAAGGAAGUCACUGAAGUGCAAAUGAUAGAGAAAUCACUCUCUACAUUCCAUGCUAACAACAUUGUAUUGCAACAGCAAUACCGUGAAAGAGGUUUUGCAAAAUAUUCUGAGCUUAUUUCUACAUUAUUGGUUGCUGAAAAGAAUAAUGAUCUUCUGUUGAAGAAUCACAACCUAAGACCAACUGGGUCUCAAGCAUUCAAUGAAACAAAUGCUGUAGAAAGCUCAAAUCCACCUGAGACAAAUGUUGCUCAUAGAGGUGGACGUGGAAAAUAUAAUAAUCAUGGAAGAGGUCGUGGAAAUUUCCGCGGACGUGGUCAUGGCCGUGGUAGAGGUCAUUUCCCCCCUAGAAACAACACUCAAAGGGGGCAUCAACAAGGAAACAAAAAUCAAGCCACCACAAAAGGAAAAGACACAUGUUAUAGAUGUGGCAUGACUGGACAUUGGGGACGUACUUGUCGUACGGCCAAACAUCUGGUAGAACUAUACCAGGCUUCCAUUAAAGGGAAAGAAAAACAUGCCGAAGCAAAUUGCGUUAAUGAAGAAAAUGUCCCUGGAACUAGCUUUGAUGUAUCUGAUUUCCUCAUAGACAAUGGUGAAGCUGGUGGUGAAUUUAUCUUUGGAGAGAAUAAUCAUGUUUAG